GUGAUUCUGAGGGUUUCUUACGAAAACAAAGACAACCUUUCAUUCAACAUUCACACAAAGCGAAAAAAAAAAGAAGAAGAGAAACAUGGCGGCUGCUGUAUCAUCCGUUUGGGCAAAGCCCGGUGCUUGGGCUCUCGAAGCCGAAGAGCAAGACGCCGAGCUCCAGCAACAACAACAAUCAUCCCUCGCCUCUAAUCAAACCGUCCCCUCCUCCGAUUUCCCCUCCUUAGCCGCCGCCGCCACCACCAAAACUAAGAAGAAGAAGGGCCAAACCUUAUCCCUCGCCGAAUUCUCCACCUACAAGGCGGCGGCGGCGGCCCCUCAGACGGAGCGCCUCACUCAGGCCGAGCUCGUCUCCCUCCCCACCGGCCCCCGUGAGCGCUCCGCCGAGGAGCUCGACAGAUCUAAGCUCGGAGGCGGUUUCCGAAGCUACGGACCUAGGGAAGACUCCUCCUCCAGGUGGGGCUCCUCUAGGGCUUCCGAGGACGGUGAGAGGAGAGGCGGCGGUGGAUUCGGCAGAGACAGGGAGUCCAGCAGGGAUAUGGGCCCUUCGCGGGCGGAUGAGACUGAUGAUUGGGCCGCCGGGAAGAAGGCCUUUGGUGGGCGAGGCCCAAGCGAUGGGUUCGAGAGGAGAGAGCGAGGCCCAGGAGGGGGGUUCUUCGAUUCUCAGUCCAAGGCUGAUGAAGUCGAUAGCUGGGUCUCCUCUAAGCCGAGAUUCGUUGCUUCUAGCAGCAGCAACGUCACUGGUGGCGAUAGAUUCGAGAAGCGAGGGAGUUUCGAAUCCUUGUCUAGAAACCGCGAUUCUCAAUUCGGCGGCGGAUCUGAUUCGGACACGUGGGGGAGGAGGAGAGAGGAGGGCGGAGCACCGCCGGCUCCGGGCGGUGGCGGUAGCUCGCGGCCGAGGUUGGUGUUACAGCCACGGACGCUUCCCGUGGCUGCUCCCGUUGUUGUGGAUGUGAAGCCGGAGAGCCCUGUGGCUGUCGUUGUAGAGAGGCCUGUCAUUGUGGAGAGACCUAAAGGUGCGAAUCCUUUUGGGAACGCGAGGCCUAGGGAGGAGGUUUUGGCUGAGAAGGGACAAGACUGGAAAGAGAUUGAUGAGAAGCUCGAAGCUGUUAAGUUGAAGGAAGUUGCUGCUGCUGCUGUCGAGAAGAAUGAUGAGAGGUCUCCGGGGAAGAUGGGGUUUGGUCUUGGUAAUGGUAAUGGUCGUAAGGACGAUCGUACUGACGGAAGUUGGAGGAAAAGCUCUGAGCAAUCUGAGGAAGCAGCUGUAGAAGAAGCUGCCAAGGAAGAACCUGCCGAGGAAGAGGCUGGCAAGAAAGAGGCGGAGGAAGAAAACUAAAUGGUCAUUUUGGGAUGGAUCUGAGGAUGAAAGUUCGAGUCCAUGAGAGUUUUUAGCUUCUGAGAAUUUGUGUUGUUUUAAGUUGUUUGUUUAACUCUAUAGAAAAUUUUUGGUAGGGACUCCUUAUAAUUUAUGUCUUUGUUUUGCAUACAGUCUUUUUCUAUGAAUUUGCACAAUUUGUUAUUCGUAUUAUUGUUAUUUUUUCAAUUUGAGCGCCGCUUUUUGGACGA